UUACACUUGGAAUAAUGCAGUCAGGCAAGUACCGUUCUCCUGGCAACCGCCAAACCCAGACAUGUCCACUGAACUGCCAGAGAUCACACGCUCAGUGGCAACUUCUGUGUACUGUGCGUUUCAGCAUGCGCUGACCCCACUCUGUCAUUUUGUGUGGCAUUCCACUUGUUCCCAGUUGCUUCCCCUUUGUUAUAAUGCCACUAGCAGUUGAAUAUUGAACAGUGGAAUAUUUAGUAACAAACACUUUUCACAGACAGAUUUAUUGCACAGGUGGCAACCUAUCAUGGUACCACACUUGAAUUCACUGAGCUCCUGAGAGCGACCCAUUCUUUCACAAAUGUUUGUAGAAGCAGGCUGCAUGCCUAG